AUGAUGAAAGCAAAAGGAAGACAUCCUUUCAAAGGUAAGGGAAAGGUAAAAGAAAAUUCUUCCGUUAAUAUAAAAUGCUUUGGUUGUGGUGAAGCGGGGCAUAUAAAGACCGAAUGCCCAAACAAGAAAAAUGAUGAACCCAAGGGCAAAAAGCAAUUCAAGAAGAAAGCAUAUAUUGCUUGGGAUGACGA